UUGAGUCAGUUUGCUGAGGUGAAAGCCAUCCAGCUGGUCUUGGACAUUGCUGAACAAGAAAAGUGGCCAGUACUUUAUCUCUAUACUGACUCAUGGAUGGUGGCAAAUGCCCUGUGGGGGUGGUUGCAGCAAUGGAAGCAGAGCAACUGACAACACAGAGGUGAACUAUUUUGGCUCGGUGGGUCCAUGACACUUCAGGCCAUCAGGGCAGAGAUGCAACAUAUAGAUGGGCUCGUGAUCGAGGGGGGACUUAACAAUGGACACUAUUGCCCAGGUUAUUCAUGAGUGUGAAACAUAUGCUGCAAUUAAGCAAGCUAAACGGUUAAAGCCUCUUUGGUAUGGAGGACGAUGGUUGAAGUAUAAAUAUGGGGAGGCCUGGCAGAUUGACUAUAUCACACUGCCACCAACCCGCCAAGGCAAGCGCCAUGUGCUUACCAUGGUGGAAGCAACCACCGGGUGGCUGGAAACAUACACUGUGCCCCAUGCCACUGCCUGGAACACUAUCCUGGGCCUUGAGAAACAGAUUUUGUGGCGACACGGCACCCCAGAGAGAAUUGAGUCAGACAAUGGGACUCAUUUUUGCAACAACCUUAUAGACAUUUGGGCCAAAGAGCAUGGCAUUGAGUGGGUAUAUCACAUCCCCUACCAUGCACCAGCCUCUGGGAAAAUUGAACGGUACAAUGGGCUGUUAAAAACUACACUGAAAGCAAUGGGUGGGGGAACUUUCAAGCAUUGGGAUACACACUUACCAAAGGCCACCUGGUUGGUCAACACCAGAGGAUCUCUCAACAGGGCUGGUCCAGCCCAGUCAGAACUUUUAUAUACUGUAGAAGGGAAUAAAGUUCUUCAUCAACUUAAAGCAUCAGGUAGCACUAGUGUGACAGAAGAAUUCAUGGCUUUUGAAGGAUUUGUUAGUUUAAAUUACACCCCAAUGUGGGAUUUGUCUGGAUGA